CCCACAAGAAUCGACGACAGCGUGUAUGCAGUCUUAUGCAGCUUUAGCGUCAACUUAACUUUUGCCCCCACACGUUGCGUUGCCGAGGAUGGGGGGAAAGGGUCCCCUCAAUUUCGAACAGUCAUACACUUUCUUUCCAGUCUAAAAAAAAAAAGACAAAAGCAAGUGGAUUUGGUACACCACUGAUAUUCUUUACUUGAUAUUGGAAUAUUUAAGAGAAUGACAAGCAAAACAACUGAACGCACACCCCUUCUACAUGACGCCCCAGCUGCUGCAGCGCCAUCCACCACCAUACCCCCACUCCUACCAGUUGCCCCUCUAUCCAAAACCCGUCAUCAUGAUUCUGGACGCAGCGAGGAAGAAGGAGUUACAGCGCGGUUGGCUUCAACAGAUUCUGUGUCUUCAGGCCAUGGACAAACCGCUUCGGUCGCUGUUGGCAAUAUAGUCCUUAUUCUUUUGAUCGGUGUGAUCAUAUCUAAUGCUGAUAGCUCGUUUCUCAUGGCUACGCACACUGUUAUAGCGUCUGAAUUCGAUGCACUGCACGACUCGACCUGGUUACUUACUAGUUUUGUGCUUGCCGGGGCAGUGACGCAGCCAUUGUACGGGAAGCUCAGUGAUAUAUAUGGAAGGAAGCAACUACUUGUUGUCGCAUAUUUUCUUUUCGCAGCUGGCUGCGCUCUUGUCGGGAUGGGAAACUCAAUGUCCCAAGUCAUCCUGGGAAGAGUCAUAUCCGGUCUCGGAUCCUCAGGCAUGACAGCUUUAGUCUCAAUUCUAAUCACCGACCUAGUUCCCCUCCGCUCUGUAGCAGCAUGGAGAUCCUAUAUCAACAUCUUCGCAACCACAGCGCGUAGUAUCGGCGGUCCUCUAGGUGGAUGGCUCGCUGACACUGUAGGCUGGCGGUGGUCAUUCAUCGGACAAACGCCUAUCGCCAGCGUAGCCAUCAUCCUCAUCAUUUUCAUGAUUCCCUCGCAUACGCAAGCUCCUGAAGAGAGUGAGGGGACGGAAGAGCCCAAAGGUAGCAGGUUGGCUCGCGUUGAUCUACUCGGCGCCACUUUUAUGACUCUCGCGAUUCUGGGCUUUCUAUUGCCCUUGCAGAUUGCGGGAGAUCGAGUUCCGUGGUCGCAUCCGCUUAUAUUAGGGUUUCUGGGUGCAGCCUGCAUCUUUCUUGGUCUGUUUCUCGUUACUGAACAUAGGUUUGCCAAGGAGCCUAUCAUUCCGCUAUCACUGCUGGUGCAAAAGGACAUGGUGCUUUCGCUCAUCAUCAUGGUUGCUCAAGCGACAGCACAAGUUGGCCUCAUGAUCAUCAUACCCCUCUACUUUCAGAUCACAACCGAGGCAUCGAACAGUGAAGCAGGAGCGCACCUAGUGCCUGGUGUAAUCGGUAAUGCAGUCGGAGGCCUCUUAGCUGGUUCCUUGAUCCAUCGCACCGGACGCUACAAACUCCUCACCCUAUUCGCUCUCUUCUUCGCCUGCAUCGGCUACGUCCUUUUUAUCCUCCGCUGGCAUGGCCAUAUCAAUUGGUUUGAAUCACUAUACAAUUUCCCCGGAGGCUUUGGUAUGGGUGUCGUCAAUUCAACGCUUUUCGUAGGUAUCCAAGCCGCAAUCGACCCCGAACAUUCCGCCGUCGCGGCUUCUACAUUGUAUUUUGCCGGGUUGGUAGGGUGUAUGACGGGAAUGGCGGGGACGAGUGCGGUACUGCAAGGGUUUUUGAGAAUAGCGUUGGAGAGACGACUAGAAGGGGCGGGAUAUGGUGGCGUUGAAAAGGCAAAGAUAAUUGAGCGCGCGGUUUCCGAUUUGCAAUAUGUCCAUCAUGCUGAGAAGACAGUAGCGCACAUCGUAACAAGCUCUUAUAUUUAUGCAUUCAAUUUUACACAUGUUUUCGCUCUGGUGUGUUCCUUGAUAGCGUUCGCGAGUACAGUCUUCUUGAAAGAGUAUAAAUUGUAA